CCCCAAACCUUCGUUUGUAGGUCAUUUGAUAGAGUGUUGCAUUAAAGAGCGGCUGGUCCGCUUUAUUUAUUAAGAAUAAGUGUGUGCGUUUAUGAGUAAUUAAUCGAACAUGGCUCCCAGUCCUGUCGAAGAGCUGGCUCUUUUGGAAUUAGAAAGAUCAAACAAAGGCGCAUCGAAACAGCGUCGUGACCAAAUCAAUGGGGAGAUUGGGGUGAUGCGGGACCUGCUGCCCCUCCCAGAAAGCGCCAGGCAACGCCUUUCCCAGCUUCAGAUCAUGUCCCUAAGCUGUGUAUUUAUCAGGAAAUGUAACAUCUUACAGAAACUAUUCAGUGCCACACCUGGCGGUUCUUCGGAUUCGCCUUGCGAUUUCUCACAGUCUUUAACUGGGUUUCUGCUGGUAACUACUCGUGAUGGAAAGCUGGUGUACAUUUCGGAAAAUGUUACAGAAUAUUUGGGUCAUUCAAUGGUUGACAUGAAGACUCAAGGCGACAGUCUAUUUGACAUCGUAGACAAACGCGAUCAUGGGACCGUCCGCGCUCAGCUUUUACACGGUGCUGGAGAGGUCGACCCGGAUAAAGAAGUCGCCUUCUUCUGUAGAAUGAACAUGUCUAGAACACUCAAGAGACAAGCCGGCUUCGGCGACGUCAAGGUGAUGCACGUGAAGGGACACUUUGCUACUGUGCCAGGGCAGGACCCAGGUACGGAACAACAAGUGUUCAUGGCUGUGUGUUCACCGCUCAUCACCCCCGACAUCAAAGAAAGCCUGAUUCAGAACAACACCAUGGUUUUCAAAAGUGUGCAUCAGCUCGACAUGAAUUUCAUUGAGCUAACUGAAAACGGAGAAUACCAUCUCGGAGUUAAAAAUGAAGACAUCUGCAACAAAUCAUGGUACUCUUAUCUGCAUCCCGAAGACAUUUAUGAAGCCCGAGAGAAACAUGUGCAAUUGAUAAAGUCCCGACAUGAAAUGGGUUGCAUGAUGACUGUACGCAUGGUCACGUCAUCGAAUGAAAUAAUCUGGGUCAACAUUGUAAUGCACGUGCGCCAAGCCCUGCUUUCCAAUAGCGACGACCCCGUCAUCCUCUGCAUCAACCAAGUCAUAAGUGAGAAGGAAGCCUACCAGUUUAAAGUUCAGGGUCAGCUGUUCGCCCUGUAUGCAGCUCGCUCCCCCGAUUUCUUUUUUGGCACUGCGUUUUGUGCUCCCAUAGCCCAGGCCGUGGAAAAUGUCAUUUCUCAACCCUCCGGGAUCCUUCCUCAACCCUUCUUCUCUCGUCAACAGCCUUUCGAUAAUUCGCUUACUGCACAAACUACACCCUACAUGCAGAACCCUGGUACUCCAAACCAAGCAUCUAUGUUCAUGAAGAACGGUUACCAACCAAAUGUCGGACGUCAGGGUCACACAGACACCUUAAAAGCUUUGAAGAGGAAGAUUCAGGAAAACUACACAUGCAAGCCACCGGUCAAGGUUGCCCGGAUGGUGAAUAGUCUCGCUCACAGAAACACUUAUUCUCCACAACAAGAGACUACACCACUACCAGCCUCAUUUGAAAGCAAUAUUUACAGAAACUCGUUUGGUCCUCUAGUCGGCGGCAGUGAUUAUCAUCACGGAAUGGGACAAGGGCCCAUGCAGGUCAUGUACGCCCACAACCUAUCCACCGUGAUGAUGUCACCCAAAGAAAAGAGCUAUAUGCCAGACGUGUUUCCGUCUAAACCCAUGUACGAAGAAAAACCACUGGAACAAGUUGUUCCGGACGUCAGUGUUCCCGCCUGUUAUCUGACACCUGAACCUUCACCGGUCUCGUCUCCAGAACCCCCCACCAAAUGUGAGUCUGUUCACUCGGUGAAAGACAGCAAAUCUAUAGACCCAGUGCUAGUCGCCAAACACCUUUGUGUUUUAAAACAGAGACAGAUCACCGAAAAUCCACUCACAAAUCCAGUUGGUGAGCCACGCAAACAUUUAAAUCCAGCAGGAGAGCCUCGCAAACUCUUACCAAGUCUUGACGCAUUUUACGUGGAUUCAUUCUUCAAUGAAAUAGAUCAUGUUUCGCUGACGAGAGAAGAAGAAAUAAUCUUACUUCAGAACAUAGCGAAGGGGAAAAUCACAGUCAAAGAGGAGCCCAUUGAACAAGAGGCCUGCAAAGAAAACCACGAACCUCUUGCAAAUGACUUUGAUAUCGAAGAAUUCCUUCAAUUCACAGAGAAACCAAAAGAAGAGGUCGUGAAGGUGAAAAUAGAAUCUCGAACUGAUGACCAACAAGUGAUGAGCUUCGACAAUUCACCAUCUCCUUCCUCUCCAUACAGCACAAUCAGCACAGCAGACGAGAAGUUCGGCAGCGAUGACCUUUCAUCAUUUGCCCUGACACCGGAAUCCGGCUUUGAAAGCGAUUCCUUGGAUGACGUGCUGGAUCCUGACUGCUGGGAUUUGGAAUCGGUUAAGAUGGACAUGUCCCUGACGUCCAUACAGCCGAAUAUCUCCACUUUCAGGGUGAACCCAGUCGCUCAUCCAGAACCUGAGUUGUAUCAACUCAAACAACUCAUUUCUUCUUGCACGCCAAGUGGUGUGCAGGAUUUCACCGAAGACUCCCAGUAGGCCGUUGUGUAAGUUCCGACUUACGAUUUAUUUCCCGUAUGGCAUAUUGCCAUUUUCCUUCUACUUUUUCGUCAUCUCCAUGCGAUCCGCAGGACCGGAGGUAGUCAUUGGAUUUGACCAUUCCGCUUGCCGGAAUUCAAACAUUUUCGCUAUAUAUUGUGUGUUAAAAAAAAUCGCUGGACGAUUUUGUGCAAGUUCCACUAGUUGGAACAAGACACUUAGUUUUUUUUUAUCUUUGAUACAGUUGUAUGUAUUUGUAUUCCUCUUGUACUGUUUUUAAGUGUACUUUCUCGUUUGUAUUAGGUGGUUGGGCAGGUCUCACCACCGACUGAAUGUGUAGAUUUUGAAGUUAUCAAACAUCUAUAUAUUUUUUAUCAAACGACAUUGUAUAGAGAUCGGUACCUGUACCCUCAUUUAUUGUGUAGAUUUUUGAAGUUAUCAAUUAUCUAUGUCAUUAUCAUUGUCAUAUCAUCAUAUUUCUCAUUAACGCUGGUCGUUAAUGAACCCCUUUUAAAGAUGGAGAAUUUGUUCUUGAUUUUGACGGAAUGUUAACAACAUGUGUUGUAAAUUUUCUUGACUGAUCACUAACAUUUAUCUUUACGUCGUAAUGGCGAACAGGGCUGGUCCCUUUGGCUUGAGGCUGGUACUCGAGUUUUUUCUCAUGUUUUAUUCAUAAUUUGCUUAAUAUCGUCCAAUGAUAGUCCGCAGGUUCGGACAUCUACACCCUUAUUGUACCUUGAUCAUUUGCUCUACUAGAAAUUGUAUGUUUCGGUUAAGCAGUGUUUUGGUUUUAAUAAACAUGUAAAGUUAA